UUACUAAUAACACAACCCGGUAACACCUGAUGGACGAUGGACGCCAGUGAUAGACUGAUAGAUAUAUAUUGUGGCACAAAUGGAUUGAUAUAUUUCUAGUUGGUUUCAGAAGCCAACUCCGCAAUGGCAGCCGAAGGCAGCUCCGUAGACAAGUACGAUCUCCAAAGUGACCUCCCCUCACUGGACUGGGAAUUAAACCUCGUACUGGACGAAAUAUCACAGGAAAUGACUGAGGAAGAUGUCGACAGGAUGAAGAAUUUCUGCGCUGGAGAAGAGGGAAUACCUACCGGGGUCCUUGAAACCAUCACCAGUGGCCUCCAUUUCUUUAAAAUACUAAGACGCCAGAACUAUCUCGACCGACGCAACCUGUUAUUCCUACAAGCAAUGCUGUGGAACCUUGGAAAGAAAAGGAGGACAUUGUAUUAGAAAUUAUCGGAAUUUGUUAAACGUUGUGAAUUAGAGCCAUUGAACUUUUUCACUUACGAAGAGCCCUUGAUGCCAGGUUUCCAGUAUGUAUAUUUCCAUGUUUCGGGUACGGAUACCAGUGGACGAGAAAUCAGUAGACUCCAGGCCCUGGUGUCAAAACUUGUAAGGGUACCACUUCAUUUAGUACACCUUAGCGGUAUAAAACCGUAUCGAAGCAUCAUCAUCACCUUCCGACUUCCGGUCGAUAUGGUGCAGACCCUCACGAACCUCACAUCGGAGGAGAAGGGACUCUUACAGAAUGAAGGUUUAUAGGGAAAGAUGAAGUCAGAGUAGCACAUGAGAAAUCGGACAUCCCUGCAAUGCUUAGUGAACGAGAUGAAGUUAUUAAACUUAUAAACCGAAACAGGACACUCGGGAAAGAAGUAGAAAGUCAUCUUUUAGACAUUUCUGAAGAGGAAAGGAAAGUUGAAAAAUUGAAAGAUGAUUUGCAGCAAAUGAACGACACUUUUCGCGAGGUAUUGACAAUACCUAUGAAUGGUAGGCAAGUUCAAACUCAUAUCGACUUUGACAAAGAAACAGUACUUGCUGAAAAAAUCAAGGAAUUCGAUGGAAAAUAUCCCAGAUGCUCUCAUGAACUGCACGAGCUGUUGAAAGUCCAGAGUGUUGUUGUUAAGCAAACACAGGAGAGUACAUGGAGCCUCUACAUCAACGUCAUGGUGACAGAGUAUGAGGCGCUGUAUAGACAACUACAUGGUGAUUUCUAUGAACUGUACUUACAGUGUGACACCGAUCCUGAUUACUGGUCAAACGAUCAUCUACCAUCGGAGCCUUCUACUCCAGGCCAAUCAAUGGCUUCCUGCGUUUCCGGACAGGAUGCAGUCCUCAGGGAGUUAUCGAUGGGAUUAAACGAUGAACAAAGAGCUGCAUUCAGGGGGAGUAUUGCUUUGUCAGAGGAGGAAGAAAAUGUUUUAAAGAAAUCUCCCCAAGAAUUUCUUGGACUUAUCAUUGGGAAGGAACCACUUCUAGAAGGAAAAGACUUAAAACAAUACCUGAUCGAGAAACUAGAAGCUGGUGGAAGCAGCGACGUGGAACACGUCAACCACUGCUUCGAUGCCACAGCAUCUACAACGCAUGAGGAAAAUGUCGAUCAUCAUGACCUUGACCACCCGACGGCAAUGUCCACCCCAAAGGCCGGGACAGCUAUGUUGCGACGAAGCGCGAGUGAUAUUUUCCCGAAACCUUUUCGCGGCCCUUACACUGUUGAUGAUCUUUACAUGAGAUUAAUGGCUUUCAGAGACGUCAUACCAGUAUUACUGAAUCAGCUGCCAGCUACAGACAGGCUUAAACACAAAACAUUGAGAAUGCAAUCCACUCCAGAGGUUUUAUUACAUCGCAAUGUGUCAAUGUUUCAAUGAAACACGUAGUGGUAAAGUGAAAUUUUCGUACAGAGGUUAAUAUCAAAUAUGGAUACCUCUUAAUCCUGACGUAUUCUUAUAAAAUAAUUUUCCGGUUACUUGAAACAGGAAUUUGUGGAAUCCACUCAUUCCAAUAUCAAUGCAUAAGAAUUUAAGAAUUUUCAUAAUAAUUCUGAGCAUUCGGUUGCGUAACCAACGUUUCAAUAGACCGCCCGUCCCUAACAAAAUACUUACAAAAGAUUUAACAAGGUAUCGACAGGUAUCUUUUUUUAUUUAUCUUCAAAUCUGAUUUUAACAAAGUUAUUUUCUAUUUGAAAUGUUGCUUUCUAUUUGAAAAGAUGUUACAUUAAAGGACAGUAAACAACCGAUGAGAAUUAUAAUUAAAGAACUGAAAUAUUA